GUAUCCUCCCCUUUUUCCUCUCUUGUCGCACAGAGACAGAUCCAAAAGUUGUUUUGGUUUGACAGUAGUGAACAGCGAACGAAAUUUGGUCCGCUCUCUGGAGCGUAGAUCUGUAGAUGAAAACAGGCAUUUAGAACAUUGUUUAUUUUGUUACCUUUCCACCUAGAAGUGCAGGCAAGAUAAUUUGCAGCAAAAAUGGCAGGCGAAUCGUUCUAUCCAGGCACCUGGGAGAUUGUAAAAGUGGAACUAUUAAGUGGUUCAGCUGAAACAACAGGAAUUGAAGGAACAAAACUGUCUCUAAGUGAAACUGGUGAUGUAACGUGGACAACCCCGGAGGGUGCCAACCUGCUGCCACUCUUUGGUUGUGAUGCCUAUGAAGUCAUUUCAACAUCUCUUGGUGGUGUUUUUAUACGGUUCGGAACCUACGCUGGGCACAUAUUCGAGUUUAGAGUUAUCAGCCAGGUCUCUUCGAACGAUUCUGAAAAUUGCUUGUACCUCGCUUGCGAAGACUGGUGCAGUUUUCACUGCCUAAAGGUGAUUUCUUGCCAGCAAAAAUCACCUGCCGACGUCCCCUUCUCGCUGCUAUCGGCUCUGAAUGAGGGUUUCUUUUCUGACGUUUCUAUUGAUGCUGCGAACGGCAAAACGUUCCAAGCUCACAGCUGUAUUUUGCUCACGGGCUCACCACAGCUGGGAUGGCAGUCUUGGCUUGAAGAGGUGGAAAAGUCGUCAAAGAAUGCGGACAGCGCAGCGGUGCCUCCCUCGCCCUUGUCCGGUCUGCCGGAGGACGUGCUCGCCACUGUUCUCCACUACAUUUACAGCCUGAGUUUGCCGUCAGACCUUCCAGAGGAGACUGCCUUAAAAUGCAUUAAGUCUGUACGCGAUCUCCCAGGAUUCAGUACCCUUGCCACCAAGUGCCAAGCUUAUCUCAACAACAUGAGUUUGAGGAACAGAAUCAUGGCCUUGAUCGGAGAAAUGCACUCUAGUCUAGAUACAGUGAUAAACUACUUCAGUACUAAAGCCCCCAACGGAAAUUUCAGCGGGUUAGAAGGAUUAGGGAGCAAUCCAGCUAGACUUUGUAAUACUGUGAAGCAAGCUUUUCGAGAAUUCUUUGUCGUUGGAAUCAAACUGGUUGCGUUUUGCGAACUUUUCAACAAAGAGAAGGCUGAACUUUCUAAAGACGAGCAGCAUGAAAUUAUCACCUACGCGAAGUCCUACCUUCCAAUAUUUUUAAGCCAACUUAGCCAAAUGCUUCAAGGACUGAAAGCAAUCUUCAAUUCCAUGUCCUCUUCCCAGCGUAAUGAGCUAGCAACGUACUUAGUCCCUGAGAUAGAGAAUAAUUUUGAGUUUAUCUUCACGCUGGCAGAAGAAUCAAAAAGUGCAAUUGAGCAGAUAAUUAUUACCUUGAUGUCGCCAACUGAGCCUGUCCAGAAGGGCAACCAGGAGAAAAAGGAAUUGAUUGGAGAAAUUUAUCAGAAAACUUUGAAUCAGCGUGAGCUUUCCCGCAUUCGCAGUGUGCACCAAGAAUUGAAUUGCAGCCUUAUCCACUUUGACCAGAAUAGGCAAUAUUUCCUGAACACGCCGACAGAAUACAAAAUCAGAUCUGUCCUUCGGCACGUUGAUCAAAUUGUGGGAGAGCUGCCGAUUUUUCUUUUGCGGCUCGAGGAAGUGAUGGCAGCUCUAGAGGACAAAUUUGAGUGGAAGGAUUUCAAGUUCUGUUUCAAAGUUGGAACAUCUAAAGUGUCUGGAGUUUUGCACACCAUGCUGAAUCACAGAGCAGCUGUUUACAAAAAUAUUGAGCAUUUAAGUGAAAUGGUGCAGCGAGACACGUUCACUCAGACACUGGUGUCUCUUGGCCUGCUGGAUCCCCCCAACCAAACCCUAGACUCCAGCAGCCAGGCUUCAGCUUACGGAAUCACCAACGCAGCCCACACCCAGAAUGAGAUAAAUCUAAACCUAGUCAAAGAUUUCCGUGUGCCUCCGACUGCAAUGAACAGUAAGCUCUCGGAAAGUGUUUUGGAGCUGCUGACAUCUGAGAGUGGCACUGACAUGCUCUUUGAAGUAGUUAACAGUUCCUCAGAUUCCAGGGAUGCACCUACAGACGCGCCAGAAUCUGCAGAAGUGGCGACGCCAGAGGUGCAUACAUUCAAGGCGCACAGAGUGAUAGUGGCCGCGCGGUGCGAUUGGUUCCGACGAGCUCUCCUGUCGGGCAUGCGAGAGUCGAUCGACAAGAAAAUCCUUGUGCAUGACAUGAGCCACGUUCUGUUCAGGCACUUCCUUAAGUACUUGUACUGCGGCCGACUGGACACAAGCAGCCUGUCGUUUGAGCAACUCACUGAUCUGAUGCUCCUGGCUGACAGAUACGAACUCGACUCUCUGAAGCACGCUUGCGAAAUUUGCUUGCAAGGAUUCAUUGACGAGGAGACGGCACUUUGUUUGCUCAGCAUGUCAGAACAGAUCAACGCGAGAAUGUUGAGGGAAUCUUGCAUUUUCUUCAUUUCCACCCAUCCUGACGUAAUGGAAACUGAGCUUUUUGAGGAGCUGCCGCACUGUUUGCAAGCUGAAGUUUACAAAGCAAGAAGUAUGUGGGCCAAGCCCAAGAGACCCAAAAAACAGAACUCUUCGGAACGGCUACUUGAAUUCCGCAGUCAUAGCUCGUCUCCGAAUUCGGCAGAUUCCAGCGUUGCAGAUCUCGAUGAGUUUGCCUACCAAUUACAGCUGGACCCAGAGGAGUCAGCUCGUCAAAUCUCGGAGGGUCUCUUGCCGAACGGUUCCAGACUGAAUAGCUGCCUUGAGCAGUUGCAAGACAUUGUCGGCCCCGUCAUCCCUCGAGAGCGGCUCAUCCAGGUGGUCUUGGCUGCUGACUUCAACGUCAACAGAGCCCUCAAUUUCAUUUUUUCCUUGCCAAACGAGUCUUCCCCUCUUUGAGUUCCUCCCGAACAUUUGCUUCAUUAGAUUGUGCAAGAAAAAAAAAUAAUUUGAUCUGGAGCAUUUGAACCGUUGCAGAAUUUUCCAAACUAUUCCAGCAUUCCACAAGCGUUGUGUGUUGCAGUUUAAGAAAAAAACUUUCAAUUUAACUGGUCAUUAGAUUUUGCUUGUCACUGAAAAAAGAGCAAUUUUGCCUCAAAUGGACUGAUUUUUCAAUGUCAGGCGCAGAAAAAUGGGGUAUAUCCUUGGAGUCGCAAACUUUGUAAUUUUAGACUGCUUGCUUGCAAAGCGCGCGAGUUUUUCCAAUUUUCCUGAUGUUAUACACCUCCCUUGUAUGUAAAUUUUGAAUCUAUUGGACAUCGCACUGAACUUAUACAGUCUUGCUUACAAUUAAUCGUAAAAAAAUUGAGUGUGCGCCGUAUAGGCCGGUUUACUAUUCAGUUAUUUGUGCAGAUUUCAAGUGAUCCUGUAAUAUCUUAGGGGCAAUAGACAUGUCAUGAUAUUUAAUUGA